CUGCCAAAAAAUGUUCUCGUAUAAUAGCAUUGCAGGUGCACUGGCCACUUUGGAUUAUUCUACAUGGAACUCCUGCUUACUUGUGAUGACGUGUGGUUUCCUGGUUUACCUGGGAAUCUUUUUAAUAUGCCAUGUCGUGUCUGUUAUCCUGUGUGAUACGUACUGCUCCCUGUCUGCCAAGGAGAAGGUGUUUUGGGAUCUCGCAGCCACGCGGGCAGUGUUUGGAAUUCAGUGCACGUUUGCUGGGUUGACAGCCUUACUGAUAGAUCCAGUACUUAGUGGUGACAAGAUUGGGGCGCAGCAGAACUGGUCUUGGUUUAUUAUCCUCAUCGCGACAGGCUUUUUUCUGUUUGAAAACCUAGCCCUUCAUGCAUUCAAUAUACUGUUUUGGACAUGUGACGUUUUCCUUGCUGUUCACCAUUUUUUUGCUUUUAUGGGUUAUUUUGGAUGCGUAUUAUAUAGCACGGCAGGACAUUAUUUGGCCAUGGUCGUUUUGUUACUUGAGAUGAGUACACCUUUUACCUGUAUGUCCUGGAUGCUGCUAAAGGCUGGCUGGUCAGAUACCUUAUUUUGGAAGGCAAAUCAGUGGCUAAUGAUUCACAUGUUUCAUUGUCGUAUCGUCCUUACCUACCACAUAUGGUGGGUAUGUUUUUGUAAUUGGGAUCGUUUAGUAAGGCUAACGCCCUCAUUAUAUUUGGCAUUUUUUAUGAUUGGGCUGACAUUGCUUACGUUUGUAAUGAACCCAUAUUGGACAUACAAGAAGACGCAUCAACUUCUGAAUCCUGUUGACUGGAAUUUUGAAGCAUCCAGAAAGUCUUCUGUAUUAUGCAAGAAAAAUGGCGGCUGUAAAAAAACAAAAUAAUCUUCGGGUCUGCAAGUCAAGUCAUUUAUACUGUCAAGGAAUUGUUCUACAAACCAAAUAAUUAUGUCACUUAUAGGCUAAAACCUAAAGUAUUGUCUUUGAAAACCUCUGUGUUUAAAUAUGUGUGGUCUGUGUACCUUUUCCCAUUCCCAAACAUUUUUUUGUAUAAUUCUUUAUACUUCCUGUUAGUUGUAUUAGUGCAAAUGUACUAACGUACACAUGCAAUUUUUAAUUUUAGUACAGAGGUGUAACUGAUGUAUUCUGUAAUGUAUAGGAGCACUUAAUAGUGGACUCCUUGUCAGUAUAAUGAGCAUGUCUUGUUCCUACAGGGUAUAUUUAUGGGUAGCAUUUUAAUAACUGUUUAAGUAUCAGUCCUACUCCGCUCAAUUAAUGAAUAAUUGAGUUAAGGUGAACGUGUGUACACGUACAGGUACUGUUCAUAGAUGGAUUCAUCUGUGUCUGUGCAUUUCUACUUAUAAGUGUUAUGUAUUUCUUGGAGAUAUUUCAUAAGUAUUUCAUUGUGUGACAUUUGCUUUUAUGUUCAGUGUCGAUGUGCAAUAGCAACCAGAUGACUCCUAAAUUGACCAACCAGUUUUUAGCUUUUUU